AUGGAGACAGCACUCAUCGAGACAGAUCACAAAGACUUGUCCAACUGGACUAAUUUACACCGGACACUCCAAGGAAUAAAACUACAAUACAGCGCACCGGUUCGUAAUCGUCUCCCUGUCACCAUUAGCAUUCUACGAACAUUAAAAAAUGCUCUCCGCUAUUCGCAGUCACUCAUACCAGUUGAUCAACUCAUGAUGUGGUCUGCGUUUACAAUUGCAUUCUUUGGUUUUCUCCGUGUGAGUGAAUUCACUGCUCAAUCACCGACCAACUUCAAUGAACCUACAACAAUGGUUCGUUCCGAUAUCCACUUUGACCAAUCACUCAACAGUCUCAACAUCACCAUAAAAUCGUCGAAGACUGACCCAUUUCGACGUGGGCAAAAUAUCAUCGUCGCAGCCUCAGGAUCAUCUGUCUGCGCCGUGCGAGCUUACCUACGUUACACUUCCGUUGCUUUGCACCCAACACAAUCUCCAGCCUUUCAAUUCAUGGAUGGGUCAUUUUUAACAAGACAAAGGAUUACAUUUGAACUGCAACGUCUCCUCGCACGAGCAGGUUUCUACAAUACCAGUCAAUACACCAGUCACAGCUUUUGGAGUGGGGCUGCUACCACUGCUGCUGCUGCAGGGAUCCCAGACUGGCUAAUUAAAUGCCUAGGACGAUGGCAAAGUGAUGCAUAUCAAGUCUACAUCAAGACUCCUAUAGCAACACUACAAGAAGUACCAAGCAUUAUAGCAAAACAUUCCGGCAAGUAA